UGUCUCUAAGCUGCUGCACAGUGUGCAAGAUUGUGUGUGUGCUUGUGGGAGAAAAAGAGAGAGCGGAGAGAGGCGAGGAGGGGGGGCAACAAGGAUGCAAGUGUGAAGCAGCGUGAGGGGAACCGAGAAAGAACGACUGGGGCGAUCACAAAGGAGAAAGGGAAUCAGCAAGAGCAGAUUAAUCGUGUAGUUCUAAUAGCCUGCUGCUAAAGUGUAGAGAUGCAAUGACUAGAUGAUCUGCUGUGACGCGCGCCCGCAUCCUGUCCUGCAGCCUUGACAGGAGGUGACAAGACAAAUUGACACACGCCGCUCCAACACUGCAUCAUGUCAUCUACAGGGUCAACCAAACACAACAAACGCCUGGCGUCGGAGACAGACAACUCCCAGAGAGUGUUGGACAACGAUUCCACGCAGCAUCUGAAACUGAGGGACAGACAACGCUUUUUUGAGGAGGUCUACCAGCAAGAUGUGGAUAACUACCUGCCCUCGGCUCACCUGCAGAUUGAUAGCAGGAAACCCCCCAUGGGAAGUAUCUCAUCUAUGGAGGUGAACGUGGAUGUGCUAGAGCAAAUGGACCUGAUGGACAUUUCGGACCAAGAGGCCCUAGAUGUCUUCCUCAACUCCGGAUCAGGAGGAGAGGAGGGAGAGCUAACAUCCCCUCUACCAGAUGGGGAGGAUGAAGAGGAUGAGGCGGAUGAAGAGGCCGAGGUUGUCUACAGGGUGUGUCCACCAUUGCAACGGCAAAAUGAAGUCCACAACGGCUCCAAGUCUCGCAUGUCAUCGACAUCAUCGAGCUCCAGCGAUGCGAGCGGGGGCGGAGCAGACACACCUGUAAUCCAGUCGGAUGACGAAGAAAUCCAUGCUGACACCCAACUGCUGACCUCUGUUCCCCAUACUAGGGAUGAAGAAACAGAGGACGAGGACGAGGAGGAGACAUGCCUUCUGACUAAAUCCAAACAAAGACUGAAAUAGAGACAACAAGCUGUCCUCUCAUUGUCUCAUUUCAUUUGCAGAGAAAACCGAGCAUGAUUCACCUGCUGUGAUUUGUCCCCUUUGAAAACUUGUCGGUAUUUAUGCAAAAAGUGUAUUCUUUACAACUUAAAGUACACAUUUUCCCUCUCUUUGUUAAUAGGAAAAAAACUGUCGGUUGAAGUUUGUGCUCUAUGUUUCCGGAUAUUUAAUGCAAAUUACACUGUAGGAGUUUUUCACCGCCCACACAUUAAAAUAUUCUGGCUGCUUGCUGCCUGAGGAGAAUCUUCCUCCUGCUCAUUUUGACUUCAAAGCAGCCAUGGUAAACAAGGAAGGAAGAUGUAUGAAAGUGCAUCUUCACUUUGUAGGUUUUAAAAAAAAACAAUAUAGCAAAUAACACAAAACCCAAUCUGUGGUGGGUUCUUCAAUAAUGUAAAUAACUUAAGUCAAGAUAACUAUUUUUUUUUAUGACAAACAUUUUGCAGGGUGUACUGGUUGAAAUAGCUCCGAUGUAGUAAAGGUUAACUCUAUUCUUAUCCCCUAGUCAUAGCAGGUUUUAUGUUGCCAUUACGCAUCAUUUUGAAAAAGAUGGGUAUGUUUCAUUCCUAACACUGUCACGAAUGGCACUCAUGGAAAGUUUUGUAGCCAUCGGUAUGGGCCGUGAUUUCUAUUUUGUUUCACCAAAUUUGCUAAUUCAUUUCUUCUAAAUUGCUGUUCAGAGCAGUUAUUUUUCUAAAUUCCCCAAAGGUUUGGUAAAAUUUCCGGUUGCGACUGUAAAUACAGAUUUUUACACAAAAUUAUUUUUCAAUAAAUGUAUUGGUGAAACUCAACAUUUGAAUCACUGCCAAAACACUCUGAUGACUAUUUUAGCUAUACUUGGUUGGCUUUUGUUAAAGUGGUAAAUACGGGUCCUGCAAUGUAUGCAAUUCGAUAAACCUAAAAAAAGAGACUGUUAAUCAUUAAUGUGGUUAAACUGAGAAAAAUGAUAGAAGUCAUCAUGGAAAGCUGAUAAGGUGCAUUUGAGGCUCAGCAUAGAUUUUUCAUUUGAUUUUAAAGACUGAAUAUUGUCGUUCUAAUCUGUACGGCAAAAAUAAUGAUCUGAUCAUAUUUGCAUUAUGCAUGAUUUUACAUCUCCACCACAAAUAAGCCUGACCCUUGCUGCCAAACAGCACAAAAAUAAAAUGUGCAUCUGUUUAAUGUAUUAAAACUCCCUUAAACAAUCUUCUGAGACAAAGUAGUAUAUCCAAAAACACAUUUCAUUGAGCGAGUGGUAAAACCAGUUGUGAAUGCAUGCCUUUUUGUGACUAUAUGCUUUUCUGUUGUGCAACAUCACUGUGUUGAAAGACUCGACUCAACCGACACCUGUUAUUAAUGGAUAAGUACUUAAUCUGACAUGUUGUCCCUCUCCUCUGUGUGAAAAGACUUUUGAACAAAGCCCAUGAUGUCAGUGUGUAUGAAUUUGAGUGGUGCAGGAGAAUAUGGAACCGGGGAGCUCAACUGGACUUCUUGUUCAUACGUUGCCAUCCAUCAUUAUAGAGAAUGUGACCCAUUUCUCAACUGCACUGUUACUAUGUGUUACAACUUGUGCAGUUAUUGAAGGUAGACUUUGAUGUCAUGCUGCAAUAAGUAUGUGGUUGUGGAUUUAAAGAUGUGUAUGAAAGUUAUUCAACUCACCAAGUUGGGGCAUUUCCCAACACUUUGCAAUCAAAUUUUAUGUGCAUGUUGUUUCCUGUUUGGAUGUUUUGCUCUCGUAUGAAUAAAAAUGACAGAAAUU